GUUUUGUAUUUACUCACUUGAGAACUUUAUUUACCGUUCUGAGUUAGCCAACAAGGAUUUAACUAAACACAAAACAUUCACACGAAGACAAUAUGUUAGACUUUUUCACAAUAUUUAGUAAAGGUGGAAUAGUUUUAUGGUGUUUCCAGGGAACUUCUCAACUAUUCACACCUUCCGUAAAUGCCCUGAUCAAGUCAGUAAUUCUCCAGGAAAGAACUGGCAAUAAUACCUAUUCUCAUGAAUCUUUGACCUUAAAAUAUAAACUCGACAAUGAGUUUGAGCUGAUAUUUGUGGUGGCUUAUCAAAACAUCCUGCAGCUGUCUUAUGUUGAUAAGUUCCUGACUGACAUUCAGCUCAAGUUCAGGGAGAAGUACAAGAAUGUUUUGCUCAGUCGUUUCUAUGGUGACAAGAGCUUCGCGGAAUUUACAGAACUGUUCAAUGGGUUGCUGAAAGAAACAGAAGAUGAAUCAAAGAGAGAUCAAGCUGCCAAAAAGAAAAUGAGAACUUUUGAUGAGUCUCAGAAGUCUAAGAAAACAGUUUCCUCCAUGAUUGAGAGAAAAGAUGGAAAAGAAGAGAAAAAAGUGAAUAAAGGCAAAGAGAAUAAGAUGCCCAAAGAAACACCCGAACCACCUAUUGCGGCACAAAGCUCACCUGUUUUGACCUCAUCGUCAGUUUCUCAAAAUAGCAACGGAGGCCUAGAUGAAGAGACGAGAAUGAAAAACCUUCAGAAGUUGUUGAAUAAGAAUAAAAAGAAACCCACAACUGUCAAUAAAAGUCCAGAACCCUCCAAACCAAAAGGAAAGAAAGAAACCAAGUGGGAUAACUCUGGCUCUACAAAAGACAUGGCCACUUUGGAUUUUAGUUCUUCUACAGAUACAGUUGGCUUUAUGCCUUCGAAAGAUGAGCAAGCACAGGUUGGUCAAAUGAAAGGUGAUCUGAAAGACAUUGAAGAAGAUGAGGAUGAUGAAGUAGUGGAUGAUUCAGAUGACUCAGAAGAAGUUGUUGCUGAACAAAAGUCUAGUAAUAAGUCAAAGUCUAGUGGAGGUGUCUUCAGCAUGUUCCGCAACUUAGUUGGCUCUAAGACUUUGACUGCCGAAAGUCUUGCCCCUGCAUUAGAAAAAAUGAAAGACCACUUAAUAGGAAAAAAUGUUGCCUCUGAUAUAGCUGUAAAGUUGUGUGAUUCAGUGGCUGCUAAACUAGAGGGGAAAGUUCUAGGAACAUUUGGAAGUGUGGCCAGUACAGUUAGAAAUACUCUCCAAGAGUCCUGUGUUCAGAUCCUCUCACCACGCAGACGUGUGGAUAUACUCCGUGAUGCCAUGGAGGCUAAGCAGCAGAAGCGACCCUAUGUCAUCACUUUCUGUGGGGUCAACGGCGUGGGAAAGUCUACCAACUUAGCCAAGGUUUGUUUCUGGCUGAUAGAGAAUGGACUCAGUGUUUUAAUUGCUGCCUGCGACACAUUUAGAUCCGGUGCUGUGGAGCAACUACGCACUCACGUCCGCAAACUGAAUGCCCUGCACCCUAAAGAUAAACAUGGCCGUGAAAUGGUUCAACUCUAUGAGAGAGGUUAUGGAAAAGAUUCAGCUGGAAUAGCCAUGGAAGCCAUAGCCUCGGCCCGUGACUACCACAUUGAUGUAGUGCUAGUAGACACCGCUGGACGAAUGCAGGACAAUGAACCAUUGAUGAGAGCUUUGAGUAAAUUGGUGAAGGUAAACCAGCCAGAUCUGGUCCUUUUUGUUGGAGAAGCCCUCGUGGGUAAUGAGGCUGUUGACCAGCUUGUCAAGUUCAACCAGGCCUUAGCUGACCAUUCCCAGUCUGCCACUCCUCGUUUGAUUGACGGCAUCAUUUUGACCAAGUUUGACACAAUAGAUGACAAGGUUGGGGCAGCUAUAUCAAUGACUUACACCACAGGACAGCCCAUUGUCUUCGUUGGCACUGGGCAGACGUACACAGACCUGCGCAACCUGAACGCUAAGGCGGUGGUAUCAGCUCUGCUGAAGCCCUAAUCUCACACUACUCAACAAAAGCAGAUAGCAGACGCUCUGCGUACAGACCAGGGUUAGUGUGUGUGUGUGUGAUAUUUUUUGGUUAGUCUUUUAUUUCCUUAGCUCAGUACAUGUUUUUAUCGAACAGUUUUGUAUGCAGAUUAUAGUUGUAUUGACCUUCACCUUAGUGAAUGAUGAAAUUUUUAGUACUUUUUACACAGCAACACAAUUUAUAUUUCCCCUCUUUUUAAAAUUGCUAUUUGAAAAGUUCUGGCAUAAUUUUGUAAAGAUCUUUCUUUAUAUGGUCAACAUAGUUUGGCAUAGUUUCUUUAUCAACAAUGAGAGAAAAAUGUUUUCCACAAAUGUUGCACAAUUAAUUGUUUCCUUUAAAUAUACUUACUUUCUUUUUGCUUUUUAAUUUAUUUUUGUUGUUUUUUUCUUCCUUUUAGAAAUCUAUUUAAAUUUUGGCUGUGGUGAAAUGUUUAAUUCAAUAACCAUUCUCGAAGUUGUUUGUUUGAAUUAAAGGUCUAUAAAAUCUGGCUAGAAAUGGUUGUUGAAGCAGAGAUCUUUUAUUGCAUCUCAGAUCUUAUAGUUUGGUUUAUAAUAUUUUUUUUUAAAGGAUUGCCUUUAAAGAUGUCUAGUUUAUAACUUAAAUAGUUUGUACUCUAAGUGCUGGUCUAAAAAAAAUUAUUUGUAAAACUUUUGUUUUAAGAUUAAAUAAUAUUUCGCUAUAAAUGAAAUCGUAAGAUCAGAAAGUGACCAAAUUGGAUUUGUAGUAGAUGUAUUUGCAAUUUACUAAUUGAAGAAGAUCCAGAGAAAAUAUUUUAAAUUGAUGACUAUUAUUUAACAAAGUUUAACAUACAUAAUGGCAAUUAGGCAUUACCCGAAUUCAGCAAAAUUGCUUCUAUAUUGAAACUUGUAUCUUCUACUUUUGUACCAAGAUUGUUUUGUUUUUUGCUGUCACUUUGUAUUUAAUGUCAAUGAUUUAUUUGAAAAAUCUAAUUUGUAUUCAUUUUAAACUUGUUUGAAUUCACCAAUAUCUAAUAUACAUGUAUGUUUAGUUAUUUUGAGAAAAUCGUAUCACUUAAGUCCAUGGUGAGGUGAUUAUUUCUGCCUGUUGUUGGGUACAGUCCUGGUGAUAGUAUUUGAAAGUAGACCAAGUAUGAAAUUCAGUGUAACAGGCUUGACCAAUGUCUUUCUGUGGACAUUGUAGUGUGUGAGCAUGCUGAGAUAGAUGCUAUGAAUCGAUGAAUGUCUUUUAUAAGGAUUUUUU